AUGACCCAGGACCUUCUCGCCGUCAUCUACCGCCCCUCGGAGCACGAGGACCAGUACAUCGUCUUCAUCUCGGACGAGGACGAGUUCAAGCAGUGGAGGGAGCAGCCCGAGGGACAGAAGUCGAUCGCCCUCGCCCGCUUCAUCGGUAACUUCAACAUCUAUAAGUCGAACAUGUCUGGACACACCGGCAUGCUCGCCCCCGUCUCGAAGCAGGAGUACGAGAACGCUUUCUUCGGCGGAAACAACAAGAACGUCAAGGACAAGUCUCAGGAGGCCGCGAUCAAGAUCAUCCUCCAGAACGGAACCCCCCAGAAGAAGCAGUUCAAGGUCGACGGCCAGUCUGACCUGAACCCCUCGCGCGGUGGUGGUGAGGUCAAGGUCGGCGCCAACCAGCCCGGCAGGUAA